AUGUCGUCGUUCAACCACCAGGAGCAGCAGGUUACUGUUACCUUCUUCCCGGACCAGAAUUACAGCGUCCAGCCCCACUACUCCGAGGACUACAACGACGUACCCAACUACUUCGGCAAUACCUACACCAGUAACGCCUAUGCCUUCAACGUCUCCAUCGGCUAUUCCUACAACCAUCGUGCCCUCCACUACCAGCAUGUAUGGGAUAACUCCUUGGCUGAACAGAUCAAUCCUUUCUCGCAGGUCGUCAGUAUUCCUAUCAGCGUAUUUAACGAGUGGGACGACGUCGGAAAGGUUAUAAUCAAGGGCAUCGCUGC